AUCGCAGAAAAAUUAAACCUUCCUGAUUACUCUUCCAUUAGAAUAUCAGACGGCCAAACAAAUUCUGUCUCAAUAAAUGACCAUUUAGACAGCACCGUUAGCCAAAUUGGAAUCAGUCACGGCGAUCUUAUUUACAUUACAUUUGAAGAGACCAGCAGUCCAAAUGUUCAGGAUGACAAGACGAUAACAGGCAAAUCUUCUGCGCCAGUUGAUUUCAAACAAGACCCUGUCGACGACUUUCUGGAAAAGCAGGACGGAUUAAUAAAACGCGAGAGAGAUCCAAAAUUCUGUAAACACGCUGCCAAGGGAAUGUGCGAUUAUUGUAUGCCUUUGGAGGCCGUUGUUGAGGCUAUCUAUGAGCCUCCACAGGAAUGUGAAACAGAUGGAUUAACACUUACCCUUCCGUGGAACGAUGAACAAAUGGUUGAUGAGGUUGCCGCACAUUGCGGGUUAAUUAAGGUUGAACAGGAUAUAUAUUUCCUAUGCACAUCGCUUUCAGUGGUUGGAAUGAUUUACACCGAUCUAACCGAUGACGGAACGGGUUUGGGCAAGGUAAUAUGCAAGAGACACAUCGAUUCUUAUUUCCUCUCGUCCCAGGAAUGCUGCUUCUCUGCGACCAUGCAAAUCAAGAAUCCGACAGUAUCCAAAUGGAGCGCCUCAGGGAAGUUUGGCAGUAGAUUUGUUACUUGUGUGGUAACCGGUAACAAGGACGGGGACAUUGGUGUCGCAGCAUAUCAGGUUUCAAACACUUGUGCAGCCAUGGUAUCCGCCGACAUAAUCGAGCCAAGUGUUGAUCCAAGUGUGGUCCGUGUAAAGGAAAGCACCUCGGAAAGAUAUGUCCCCGAGGUGUUUUAUAAAUAUAAAAACGAAUACGGUGUUAACGUGCAGGAGAGUGCGAAACCUUGUUUCCCAGUGGAAUAUCUAUUAGUAAAUGUGACUCACGGUUUCCCACUCAACCCAAUUCCAUUGUUCAUUUCACCUACGAGUUUUCCUGUUGAGAACCGAAAUGGCGUGGAGACCCAAAGCCUGAGAAGUUUGUACAAACAUCUUGGACUGGCUACUAGUGGCAACGUUCAUGUUAACUCGGUAUCGGAUUUCCACCUGCUAGUUUUUGUGAAGGGGACCAAUUUGUUGGAUCCGGGUGAUUUUGCGGCACUUGCGAGGCUCGCGAUAUCACACGAGGAGAAGGAUGCCAUUCAAUUAUCACAGAGUGCGGGAUGGCAAACCUUGGUGACCAUUAUGAAAAGUGAAAAUUCCAAUGGCGAUGGAGAUUCGCUAACCAGUUUUUCGGACACGGGAGUUGGUGUCGGUAGUAGCAGCAGUGGUGCUCUUGGAUCGGAAUGGAGUUGUAGGUACUGUACCUUCACCAACAACCGUACGGCAAUAAACUGCGAAAUGUGUAAUUUACCAAGGGAUUCUUGA